GUAUGAUCAUUUUUGUUUUUAAUGGUCAGGGGCAGCGGGAAGAGUCCAGAACCACAACCAGACAUCAGCUGGAAAUGGCGUCUGCAAUGAUCAAAAGUAGCUUUCGCUCCGCCCUCCGCGUCGGUGCUUCUCGCGGAACUCCGGCAUUCAAGAGGACUUUCGCUUCUUCCGCCCACCAUGACGAAGCCCGUGAAGCAGCUAAGUGGGAGAAAAUUACUUAUGUUGGAAUAAUUACAUGCACUGUUCUUGCAAUCGUUAAUCUCUCUAAGGGUCAUCCCCACCAUGAAGAGCCUCCGGUAAGCUUUAUAUAUGCAUUUCUUGUACCUUCUUAUAUGUCAAAAUUUGUGUUAUUUUCAACAAUAUGCUGUUUUCAGUCUUUCCAAUUCGGAUGCAAAACUUAAGAUGAAAUCAGAAAUUCAUAUUGACAAUACAUUUCUAAAUGAUUUUCACUAGCCCGGUUAAAGUAAUGGGAUUUGAGACACCCUUAAACUAAUGAUUUGAUCAUUUGACCAGUCAAUAGCCAAAAAGCACCAAAUUCAUUAUCAAGACAAGACCAUUUUUGAAUACUGCAUAAUUCUGAACCUACGGCAUUACAAAAACUCAAGCAAAUGGUACUUUGCAAGCAAAAUAAUGUAUUCGAUUCUAAUGUAAAGCAAUAUAGUUGGUUCAGAUAAGAGAAUCCUGAUGGAGAUUCUCAGUUUCAUGUAAUUAUCUCUGUUAUAAAUCUUUCAGUUGUUCCUCUUUUAUUAUUGGUAAACACUAAAGAAAUUAGGAAUUUGUCAGUAUGAGAACUUCAAACAAAAUAAUCAGCCAAUCCACUAAGAUUAGAGAGAAAGAGGGGAAUAUGGUGCUGUGGUGGGGAAGGACAAAAUGAGCUGGGCGAGAAGGGAAGUUGCAAGCUAGAGUUGAAGACAAGAAAGAUAGAAUAAGGUUAAUUCGGUCCUUUUAAUAUCAUCUGACUGUGUUUGUCUGUUGAUUGAACAGAUACUAUAGGGGGCAUUAUUUUUCUUUUU